AUAUGUGCAAUUUUGUUACAGACGUUAUUAAGCAAAAAAAAAAUCAUUUUACAUAAACUAUCAACAUGAGAUAUAAACGACGCGCAGCUCAGAUCCGCACUACCAGCAAUCAAAUGAAACAACGUAGUCGUGGUCCCUAAACUCACUUCCUGAAAUUCUGCGCCGUGUGUUGUUGUAAAGAUGGUCUGGGUAACGUUAUCUUAUGUGACAUUAUUCGUUACAAAUAACUUUCUUCUUUCUUUACCGUCGAACUUUUAAAAAAGAAGCACAACAUGUUACAUGACGAGCCCUCAAAUGAGAAUGAAUGGGCUCAAAGAUAUUUACCAAGACAUACCGCCGGUGACCCUGCGUCUGGCAGAAGACAGGGUCACAUCCCACCUUUACUGCAGCUCAACAGAGGGGAUGGAGGCCAGGGUAUCAAGCCUUGUGGAGGCCUUCCUAGUAGAGGUGUAUCGUUGUAGGGUAUGCAAAUUUACCAGCAGCAUUAAAGCCAGUAUCAGCACCCAUGUGGCUGAAACACAUGAUUUAAGUUCCCUGACGUGUCUGGAGAAAGACAAUAGUGAAAGUGCAGAUGUUGGGUUAGAGGUUGAAGAGAGUGAGGUUUUGAAUCAAAACGAUACCCCUUAUGACCUGGAUGGUGAGCUGCACUCCAAAGAUGGCGAAGACCACAUGGACCAUAUCGGACUAGAGCGCAUGUCCUUCUUGCUGCCUAUGUAUGGGAUGCUUCAGAACAUAAGUCCUCAGUCCUGUGAAAUGGGCCUCAGCUCUAACUCAGAGAGCAGUCUCCACGUGGAGGAGACUUGUGAGGUAAGUACUUUAUUCGCAGAGAAUGGAAACGGUGAGGACAGUGAAGAAGAGUCUGUGUUCCAGCUCCGUGACUCCAGGACGGACUUGCCAAAUGCUCUGUCCUGUCGAUUGGACUCGGACGUUGAUGACGAGGAGAUGGCCCAGUCAGCACACUUGAUGACCCUGGGCUUAUGCCGCAUCUCCAGCAACAGGGUCCACCAACAGUCCAGCAUUCCUGACAGUAAGCCUGCCUCUGGCACACAGGACCCUGGGGACUUCAUAGAGGACAAACAAACUAGCCUGUCCGUUCCAGAGACACUUCAGCAAAUUGAGGAGGACGGAAGCAUGUCCUGUAUUCUCUGUCACGUGGUGGUGUCGAACCGGAGUCUGCUGGACGUGCAUCUCAAGUGCCACAAUGGACCACAGGAGUUCAGGUGUCCUCGCUGCGGUGUGGAGGCCCAGGAGUGGACGGACAUGGAGUGCCACUGGCGGGGUCACAGUAAGAGGAGGGGUGCCAGGCCGCACAGGUGCACGGUGUGCCAUAAGACGUUUCAGUGCAAGGAUGCACGGCGUGCUCAUGAGCAGAAGCAUAAACGCCGGAAGCAAGCACAAACUCAGCCUCGGACAGUGUUGUUACAGUGCCCCUCCUGUGACGAAUGGUGCCAGUCUACGUCGGAGUUUGAGUUACACAAACGCUCUCAUUGCCAGGGAGGGUUCAAAUGUCCACAGUGUGAUUUCCUCGAAAACUCUUGGAAAAAGGUUCACCGACAUAUUCGGACAAAACACAAAUAUCUGGAAAAAAGGAAGAAAAAAUGCCAAGAACUCCACAACCACUUGAAUGAGAAUUCACAAAAGCCAAAGAUGUUUGAGCCAGACACAUGGUAUCAGCCAGUGAAGAAGAGAACAAAGCAAAUAACUACUGAGAAGGAGAGGGAAGGCCAGAGUAAUGGGCAUCCGCAGGAGCAGACUCUACGCCUUAAGAAGAACACAGGAGGGAGGAAGGAAUUCUGCUGCACCCUUUGUGACAGGAAGUUCUCCACGAAGAUGACCAUGCGUCGCCACAUGGGCAUCCACCAAGGAGACAAGCCCUUUGAGUGCCCGCACUGUGAUUACUGCACCCGACUUAAAGCCUCCCUUGAACAGCACCUCCGGGUUCACACAGGUGAGAAGCCCUUCAAAUGCACCCAGUGUUCAUACGCGUCUAUCGACCGAAGCUCCCUCCGCAGACAUUUGCGCACACACACUCAGGAGAAACCCUACUGCUGCCAGUACUGCUCAUACAGCAGCAUCCAAAAGAAAAGCCUGGACCUGCACCUGCGGCGCCACCACACAGGAGAGUCCUUCCCUUGUCACCUGUGCAAGUACACCACUCCGGACAGGCAGCUGCUGGUCCGCCACGUACGCAAGCACCACAGCUCCGAGAACUCUCCUCUGCUGAGCCAGAAGACUGCCUCCGCGUGCCCAGUGCCCAGCCGCAAUACAACAAAGCCCGCUGACUGAGUAGACCCCGGCAACCACAGAAAUAGCCUCUGUAAUCUAUUUCUGUGGUAUGAGUAAUGAAACAAGACUGUUAGUGACAUGAUAUACCACACCUAAACAUAUGACAGGAGGCCGUCUGAUUUCUUUUAAUUAAAUCUUGAACUUACACGUUAUACCUUAUAUAUAUACGUUUUCCAAAAGUCACACAGAUCAAGCUCACUUUGGGGACGUUUUCCUUUUAACUGUUUUAUAAUGGAUCAUUGUAACAAUGAUAAUGGACCCAUUCAAAGGUCCUUCUGGUCUUAAUUUAUGUUUCAGACAUAAAAAACACCCACUUGUGGCUUUCCUGUAAACACAAAAUAAAACAAACAACUUUA